AAUUAUGAUUUAUAUGUACAUAAAUACUAUAUAAUGAGGAAAAGAUUAAAUUUUGAUAUUUGCUCAGUGGCGAAACAAAGUACAAAGAUCGCACAAAAAUAACGGGUUUAUUAUAAGUAAAGAAUAUAAAUGUAAACUGAGUGUAAAAUUCUCAAAAUAACAUUUUAAAGAAAAGUACGAAAAAAUACUUGUGGAAAAACCUCGCAAAUAAAUAUUAUAAGCGUGCUCGAAACGACUUGAAAACAACAAAAAAUUAAACACAAAGCAAAUAAGUCGGCGAAAGAUAUUUUUUUAACGGUAAUUCUUACAAUUUCUACUGUAAAAGUAGAUUAAUGCAAGUGUUAUAUUGUUGUUGUGCACUGUGCGCUGUGUGGAUGUCAAAUGUUAACGGUAUAUAUUUGCAUAUUCAUACAAAAUAAAUUUCCAACCGAUUGUAGUGCAAAUUGGAAUUGAAUUCAGCGCGUUAGACGGACAUAAAUUGAAGGCAUUAUCUAAGCAAGAAUAAAAGCAAAAUACUGAAAACAUUACACAAGUAAAAACAAAGCAAAAACUAACAAUUGAAAAAGUAAAGCAGAAAAAAACAGAAACUAAGUUUUAUAAUUAUUCCGCUGUAUAAUCGGUCACUCGUCGAAGUGACAACGUGCAAAAACAAAUAUAAUAUAAAAAAAGAAUUGAAAACAUUUUUGAAAAACGCAAAAACCAGUUCAAAACAUAAAAGCUACACACCUAUCGUGCCAAAAUGGCAUCGUUUGUUUAUGCAGUUUGGAGUAUUACGAAUGUCGCCUCGGUGCAUUGCGCCGUGCGGCCCGAGCUAUCGCCCUGUACCUGUGAACCGAUCUAUGCCGACAACUAUGUGGAGUUGUCGUGCGAGAAGGUGGACUCGUUCCACAAAAUUGUCGAUGCUCUGUCGAAUAAAUUUGAACCGGAAGUUAAUAUAAGCUUAAAAAUAUCACAUUCACAACUUGAGGACUUGGAAAUGCGCUCGUUUAUGGAAAUGAAAUUAAAGUUGGUUAAAUUGCGUUUACAAUGGAAUUCACUGAGAUCGGUGCCUGAGUUACCUUUUCGAGGGUUAUCAAACGUGGAGUAUCUGAGUAUAGGCGACAAUGAACUCGAAGAGAUCCCUAAGCACAUGCUGAAUCACAUGCCGAUCGUGAAAACAUUCGAUAUGGGACGCUGUCGCAUACGUUCGGUACUGCACGAUGACCUCAAGGGCACACAAAUGGUGGUGAAUCUCUUUUUGCCGAGCAACAAUAUAAAACGUUUGGAUAAGGGCGCAUUUCCGACAAGUCUGGUCACGUUGCAUCUCGGGCGCAAUCAAAUCGAGAAUCUCAAUAGCACGUUGCGGCAUCUGGACAAAUUGGAAUCGUUGUUUAUCAAUAUGAAUCGGAUUAGCAGUUUGGAUGAUGAGCUGCCGGAAUCGAAUCGUUUGAAAUUGAUUAUGGCACAGAAUAAUCGUUUGGAACGCUUGCCGGAGAGCAUGCGCUACAUGCACAAGUUGGAGAAUCUGCAUGUACAACACAAUCUCAUACGCACUUUUGAUGGCAUCUUCAAGCAUGCGCGCAAUUUGAAUGAGUUCCACGCUUUCAACAAUGAGAUUGAGUAUUUGCGUCAAGACGACUUUCUGGAGUGUAAAAUGCUGGAGGACAUUGACUUCUCGGUCAAUCACAUCAAGUCAUUGAAUAGUUCAUUGCUGCCGCUGAGUCGUUUGUAUCGCGCCAAUAUUUCCUACAAUGAAAUCGAGGAGUUCUCCAUGAAUGAGAUACGCGGUUUGGUCAUGUUGCGUAAUUUAAUUUUGAACAACAAUAGAAUCAAGCGUCUCACCGGUCACCAGGAGAACAACAUUGAUCAGAACUCUUACUUGUUCGAGUUAUAUUUGGAUCACAAUGAAUUGAAGUCUUUGGAUGGUGCUCUAAUGGGUUUGAAUAGCUUACGCAUACUGAGUCUGUCCUACAAUCAGCUGGAACGUAUUUUACCGGAGGACUUCAUCGGGUUGGCUAAGCUGGAGCUGUUAGAUUUGUCGCACAAUCAACUGUUGACGCUGAAGGAAAUGGAAAGGACAUUCCUUCCGAACCUCAAAAUCUUAAAGGCCGCCUACAAUAACAUCACCAGAUUGGAGAAGGACUUCCAUGGUCUACCCGUACUGUGUCAAGCCAACCUAACCAGCAAUCAAAUAUCGUCGAUAUCCUCGGAGUUAGUUUCGCAAACGAGAUGCAUGACCCACAACGUACCCGGCAAAUUGGAGUUAUAUUUAGAUGACAAUCCAAUACUUUGUGACAGUCGCCUCAACGAACUCUGUCCCAUCAUGCUGAAGCAAGAGACACGUAUUCGUGGAAAAUCACAAUGCUUCGAAAUUGACCAAGAAAUCUGUACCGUAUUGCCGAUGCUGUUCGUCAAUAAAUAUCCACUGAUUAUACCAACGCAAUUGAGUCAACAAGUGCUGGCCAAUGCCAAGCCGGUCGUUAUAGUACCACUACUCAAUCCACCAUUGAAUAACGGUGAUGAAGUGUUGCCACCUUUGAUUGCACCGAUUAUAAAACCGCUAAUAAUCGCACCAUUGCCACCACUGGCGACGACUACACCUUCAACAACAACAACUACCACUGCUACCACCACCCUCACAACCACAGCUGAAACUCACGCUGGCGAGCAAGUAGCUACGCUGGAAGCGCCCACAUCCACUUUGGAAACAAAUGAAACUGGCGGCAUCGAAGAUCUAACUGCUGGGGUGGGCAAUAUCAAUCCGGGCGAAGGCAUUAAUGUCAACGCCAACAACACAAUAACGGCAGCACCGAACACAACCAAAGACAAGCCGAACGCAGUUGACUUCAACAACAACACCAUGGAGACACACGCUGCUGGAGGAGAUCUCGGAAUUGAUCAGAAAGCAUCCGCCGCAGUAGUUGAUAGCGUUAGUGGAAUACAAGCUACGGCCGCGGCACAUGAGGGAACACUUCAGACGGCACAUGCUAUUUCGGAAUUGACUAAAAUCGUAGGAGCACCAGCAGUUAUGGCACCGCCGCCAACUGUGCUCGAAGAAGUGUUGGUCGGUAAGCCACUGCCGCCAGAGUCGGCAUCGUUGGCGCCACCAACUGAGUACGCAACUGUUGAAUAUAUACCGAAUUUGGAUGAAUUCCUACCGGGAAAUCGUCCGCCACCGAAUGUACUCGAAGAGGAUUCGAAUUCGAAUUCGGUGCAUGAAGAAUUCCCGUCGGUCGUGUUGGCCGAUCUCGAUAAUGCACCGCAAAGUCUACUAACACCGGAUGAACCACCCGAAAAUCCUUAAAUUUUAGUCACACGCACACACACACAACAUAUUAUAUUACAUCUACAUUAUUAAAAUUUAAGUUUUCAAUUCCCCUCCCUCCCACUCUCUCUCUCUCUCUCUCUGUUUAUCUACGAGUAUCUAACUAUCUCUCCUACUAUUGUGCUGUCUACUAUGUCCCACUUCAGGUUAAUUAUAAAUUAAUUUAAUUUUGAUUACCGCAUUUAGUUUUAGUAGUUGUUAGUUGCAAUUAAUAUUAUUAUAACGGUUUGUUUCAAUACGCAUAUAAAUACCCACGCAUGCACAUCCCAAAUCCAUAUCACGCACGCACUCAUAUACAGUUUAAAUAAGCUCAAUUUGCACUUACACACUCACAGCCGCAUACACACACCCAUACGCAGAGCAAACACGAUCAUUUUCUAUUUUUAUUUUAAUGUUAAAAUUAUUUUACAAGAUUUAAGUUAUUAUUUUUUUAAUUUUAAGUUACUGUUUCACUUGACGUAGCGAUUAAAUGUGAAGUAAUAAAUGUAAAAGAAGAAAGAAAAACACAAAAACAAAAACAAAAAUAAAAACAAAACGAAACAAAAUAUGCAAAUAGGUAGUUCCAAAAGUGUAAUAGUGAAUUAACAC